AGAGAGGAAGACACUAAACGAGCCAAUGAAAAUCCGAGUCGCUGCAACCCUUCAUUUGCAUUCGCACCAAACAAAUAGUCGAGGUGCGUGCGCUGGCCCACACUUGGUUUCUUCGCGCUAGGAGACUCAGAGGUUUGCAGCAUGCCCGAGCCCGCGAAGUCUGCGCCGGCCCCGAAGAAGGGCUCCAAGAAGGCGGUGACCAAGGCGCAGAAGAAGGACGGCAAGAAGCGCAAGCGCAGCCGCAAGGAGAGCUACUCGGUCUACGUGUACAAGGUGCUCAAGCAGGUGCACCCCGACACCGGGAUCUCCUCCAAGGCCAUGGGCAUCAUGAACUCGUUCGUCAACGACAUCUUCGAGCGCAUCGCCGGCGAGGCCUCGCGCCUGGCGCACUACAACAAGCGCUCGACCAUCACGUCGCGCGAGAUCCAGACGGCCGUGCGCCUGCUGCUGCCCGGCGAGCUGGCCAAGCACGCCGUGUCCGAGGGCACCAAGGCCGUCACCAAGUACACCAGCUCCAAGUAGACUCGUCAUCGACUCGUGGCGGACCCAAAGGCUCUUUUCAGAGCCACCACGUUCUCAGGAGA